AAAGGCAUAUAUAGAUCAACUGGAUGACUGAAUUUCUUAUUGAUUUAUUAGAUUAUUCAAGUGUCUCAUCAGUGUAUUAGGACUUUAUUUGCAUUACCAGAAAAAGCAACUAAUGUUUCAGCAUCAAAAAUCUUGGGACGUGAAUUUACGAAUGCGAUGGUCCCCGUUCUUAUCACUCGAAUUUUAUCAUGGACAACCAACAAUACCACACCAUCUGAUUUAUCUAUGGAAAGUUUAUCAGAAGAUAUCAAAAUAUUGAUUAUGCUUCCAAGCUCGGCACCUGACAAACAAAAAUCACAAUUACUUCAAAUCAUAUUAGCUACAUUGACGGCACUAUUAGAUGCUCCACCAUUUGAUUCAGGUGUAUCGACAGUCCAUUCAACGGUGAUCCCUCACAUCUUAUCCAUAGCCACAUCUUCACCUCAAGCCUUCCGUGAUGCAGUGAUGUUACUACCGGGAAAUAUACGUAGCCAAUUGGAAGCCAGUGUUCGAAAUAUGGUAUCAAGUCAACAACAACAGAAUGAAAAGCGACAAAAAGAAAUUGAACAAAGGGCAUCAAGGACAGAUGAUGGCAAGCAACCCACCAUUCAGCUCAAGAUGGACUUUAACAACUUUUCCUAGUGUAGCUCUCUCUUUUUUUUUUUUUUUAAUUUUGUAUUUUAUAUCCCUUUACAUCAACUUCCUAUUUGUAUUUAUCGUUUAUUCCUAUCUUUUCUUUAUUUUUCACUACUACCUUCUAUGAUGACAGAAUAAUAAAAAUCACCUUUUUUUGAC